CUCCGGAGCUGCGGCUGCCGACCUGGCAAGGAUGCUGAGGGCAGGAAAGGCGAGCUGGUCCCUGGGACUGCCGCGUGUCUUUUCUUUCUGUUUGUUCUUGCACAGCUCCUCUGCCCAGAUCCGGUACACCAUCCCGGAGGAGCUCACCCGGGGCGCCUUCGUGGGCAAUAUUGCUAAGGACUUGGGCACGGAUGUGGCGAAACUGGCGGCAGCUAAUCUGCAGGUACUGUCCGAUUCGGAUUCCCAGUACUUCUCUGUCAAUGUGAACACUGGGGUUAUAAUGGUCAGCGAGCGCAUAGACCGGGAACAGCUCUGCGGGCAGAACCCCCGCUGCUUCCUCCACUUGAAACUUGCCAUCGAGAACCCGGUGGAGUUUUACCGCAUCGAGGUGGAGAUCCUGGAUAUCAAUGACAACCCCCCCGAGUUCCCCGGAGCUGAGGUCUCCUUGCGCAUCUACGAGCUGGCAUCUUUGGGUGCCCGCUUCCCCAUCCAGCCCGCCCAGGACCCCGAUGUGGGCACCAACACCUUGCAGACCUACCACCUGAGUGCCAAUGAGAACUUCAACCUCAACGUGAAGGCACGGACAGAUGGCGGGAAGUUCCCUGAGCUGGUGCUGGAGAGGGCCCUGGACCGGGAGCUCAGAGCUGUCCACCACUUAGUCCUGACUGCUGAGGACGGGGGGUCUCCCCCCCGCUCCAGCAAGCUGCACAUCACUCUUCAGGUCCUGGAUGCCAACGACAACCACCCGGUCUUUGACAGACCAUCUUACGGAGCCCGCUUGGUGGAGAACUCCCCACUGGGCACCCUCGUGGUGAAAUUAAAUGCCACCGAUGUGGAUGAAGGGCCCAACGGAGACAUCCGCUACUCCCUCAGCAGCCAUAAUUCGGCUGCCUUACGCCAGAUCUUUGCUAUUGAUGAGCAAACUGGGGAGAUCCGCGUCCAGGGCAACCUAGACUUCGAGGAGGCAACGGUAUAUGAGAUAGAAGUGGAAGCUAAGGACAUGGGAUCACCCACAAUGGAGGAACACUGCAGUGUGGUGGUGGAAAUCAUUGAUGUGAAUGACAAUGCCCCUGAGGUCAUUCUCACCUCCUUCUCCAGCUCCUUGAGUGAAGAUGCUCCCCCGGGCACAGUGGUGGCCGUCAUACACGUCAGAGACAGGGACUCUGGGGAGCAGGGCAAGGUUCAGUGUCAUGUGUCCCCAGAUCUUCCCUUCCAGCUGCGUAAGGACUUUGAGCACCAAUACUCGCUGCUAACCAGCACCUAUUUGGACCGGGAGCGCAUAGCCUUCUACAAUGUCACCAUCUCUGCCUCUGACCUGGGGAGUCCCCCACUCUCCCACCACACCAUCUUGCCAAUUGCCCUGGCAGAUGUCAAUGACAACCCACCGCAGUUUCAGCAAGCAUCCUAUGAAGUGCUGGUGGCAGAAAACAACCCAGUGGGCAGUGUGUUGCUUAUUGUCUCUGCUGUUGACCCUGACUCGGAGCAGAACGCACGCCUCUCCUACUCCAUCCUGCGAGUUGGUGGGACAGAUCCAGGUCUGGAUCCAAGCCACUACCUCUCCAUCCAUCCCACGAGUGGACGGGUCUCAGCCAAACUCCCCUUUGACUAUGAGCAAACCACCUAUUUCCAGUUCCAUGUGGAGGUUUCCGAUGGUGGCUCUCCGGCCCUGAGGAACAGGACGCUGGUUCAUGUUUUCAUAGCGGACCAGAAUGACAAUGCUCCGCAGGUGCAUUUCCCCAGGGCUGGGGAGGACUCUGCUGCUCAGUUCCGAAUUCCACCCUCCACUUACCCCCCUGCUCUCAUCACCAAAGUGGUGGCCAUGGAUGCUGACUCGGGGCGCAAUGCCUGGCUCUCCUACCACCUCGUGGAAGCCACAGACCCAGGGCUCUUCAGUGUGGCCCUGCGCUCUGGGGAGAUCCGGAUUGUGCGGGCCCUGCAGGAGAAUGAUGCCUCUGCGCAUGAACUGCUGGUGGUGGUCCGGGAUGGCGGGGAUCCCCCUCUCUCCACAGCUGUCACACUCGUGGUGCUGGUGGAGGAGAAGGGCCCAGAGGCCUUGCAGGGCUCUGAGGCUCAGGCCACAGACAGCGGAGGCUUACCCACAAUUACACUUUAUCUGAUUGUUUCCCUGGUCCUCAUCUCCACUGUCUCCCUGGUGGGACUGGCAGCACUGGUCGUGCGGUAUCUCCGGCGGGGUUCUGUGCCCCCUGCCCAGGGCUGCUGUGUGGAGAGCGUGGAUACGCUUCGUUCCCCCUCCAGCCACAUGUUCGGGCACUCGCGUUACCAACCUAAGCAAGGGGACACGGUAAUGGGCGUCCAGGUGAUGGCCACGGCACCCCCUGCCCCGCGCUACCGCUCCUGCUUUUCGCCAGUCUCUGACAUCAGCGAAUUCAUGUUCGUGAAACCCUCCGUGGGUCUGGCCGGUGCAAACCCGCUGGAUCCCAGCUUGUGCAGCGAGCAAGCUCAGCCUAACACGGAUUGGCGCUUCUCUCAGACCCAGAGACCUGGAACUAGUGGCUCUCAGAAUGGAGAGGAAGGUGGAGCUUGGCCGAACAACCAGUUCGACACGGAAAUGCUUCAAGCCAUGAUCCUGGCUUCAGCAAACGAAGCUGCUGAUGGGAACUCGACUCUGGGCGGAGGAACGGGCACCAUGGGCCUGAGCGCCAGGUACGGCCCCCAGUUCACCCUGCAGCACGUCCCCGACUACCGGCAGAACGUGUACAUCCCGGGCAGCACCGCCACCCUCUCCAGCUCCUCAGGUAAACGUGACAGCAAGAACGCAGGCUCUUCUGGUGGGAACAAGAAGAAGUCGGGGAAAAAGGAGAAGAAGUAGAGUUGACAGGAGACCAUCUGCAGCUUAGAUCUACAGGGCAGACUGCUCCAGCACUCCCCCAAAUCACAGCCUAGGAUGGAGGACGAAUGUGAAUCUUGCGAUGCUAAAGUAGGAAAAACUACGAAUGUAUAUCAUCAUCAGAGCUAGGAGUAGGGUCUCGCUACUGUUAGAUCUCAUGAUGAAAAUCAAUCUGGAAACAAAAUCUAACAAAAACAAGUGCCCUGUUAAUACUAGCUAAUAUUUUAUACAGUCCUGCGGAUAAUAGAAUAUGCAAGGGUUUAAGGUCUUUUAACCAUGUCUUUGGAUUCGAUUUGCUCCCAGAUAGUCUGAGAAAGGCACAAGGCUUGUGCUUGGCUUCGCCCAGUGUAAAUAAUUUUAACAUGGAUUUUUUUUUUUAAAUUGUAGACCUUUGAUCAUUUUUGGAAGGAGAAAGUAAGUUCCUAGGUUAGAGCCCAUGUUCAAGAUUUUACUGUUUAACUUUCCAUUAGUAAAAUUCACCCUGAGUUAUUUAUGGAUUUCUUGCUAAGAAGUUGGUAGGGAGUGCUUCAGUUCCUGUUUACCUGUUAUCCUAAAAAAAAAAAAAAAAGUGUUUAUAUUGCAUGAGUCAAAGGGAAUAUGGCAAAGCUGCAUCCUAAACAUUUAAUUUUUUUUUAAGAGCAACCCUUGAUGGCCUGAAAUACGAGACAAAAAGUCACGAUCUCUGAGAGACAGGGAAUUCAAUCUAACUGCAGUGGAAGAGUGUGCCACUCUCUACUGAGGUGUACAAAAGCUGCCCUAAUGAUUCUAGAGGUCUCUAAAGAGCAGACACAUCUCAUCCGUUCUUUGCAGUAAAUAUUUAUAUGUACAGUAAAUGUUUUUUCUGGAAUUAAAGUUAAGAAAGUCUUAGUGCCCUGCUGCGAGAUAGGAGCUGCAGCUCCUUCAAGCAAUGACAUAGCCAAGUCCUUACCAAGGACUUGCGCUAUUGGAAUGAGCUCCGAUCUGCUUGUAGGGAACGGAGACAAUGCUUCACAUUUCUGCACAUCAGUCUGCAUGCAAAUUACUCACUUCACAUCUACAGUAGAGCAGUUAACGCCACAGACCUAGAGAAGUCAUCGCAUGCCUAUGCAGCAUGAUGUAAAUACACUGGCAGAUAAGCAAGUCUAAGUGCAGGCCGAGCAGUGUCUAUCUAGGAGUAGGGUUCAGUGAUACGAGAUGGGGAGAGUCGGGAGAGCCGCCGCUGCCAAAUGGGGCAUUGACGAGACCUGCCGAGUUGCCAGUGAACAGCCUUCGUUCCUUGGCCCUCAGAACUGGCUACUGAGUAAGUGACAGUUGGUUUGACGACACCUGGUGACCAGACCUGGGUAAGGGACCUGAGAACUGGAAAUGAGUGUGUGGUGUUGACUGCAAAGCCAGCGAGCCUGGAGAUGGCCCGGGUCAGUCAGGGACUCAAGAAGGAGUAUUCUGGCACGUUGAGGGGGUUGUGUGGGACCAGACUGCACCCAGGCAGGUAGAUGGGACUCAACCCAAGCCAGACCUGCAGUCCAGACAGUUUGCUGUCAGUGUUAACCACUGGCUUUGGGAUUUCCACCACACAGAAGGAGCAGAAGGAUCAGGAUUAGGAUUUCUCCACUAUGUGCCCGUCACGGUUCUGCCCCUUCUUCCGCUGGUAUAAACGUGGCAAAGAGAAGGUGCCUUGUGCCCUCAGCACCAAGUCAGCCUGGCCUCCGGUCCUCCCGCGCGCCUCGCCGGCUGCCGGGGCUGCUGCCCCAAGCGUACAGCCUUUGCACCAGGCCGACCUCCCAUAUCGCAGGCGUACUGACCGACCUGGGAAGGAAGACACGGGGCAUUUUUGUAGUGAGAGGGCAAAGGAGAGGGGAGGUGUGGAGCGGGGACGGGGUAGCCAUGCAAAGGCCGGCUUGAUUUUUAUU